UGCGCUACUCGCUGUGUUGCCGAGUGGCGCUUCUCUGUAGUCUGCAGAUGAUCUGUGGCUUUCGUAGGUUCUAGAGAGCGUCCUGUUAGCUCGGUUCUUCUCACAGUUAGCACAGAACAGCUGGGUGACUAGCUGACAGCGGGGACAAGAGGACUUGUAGAUUAAAUGCCUCAGGGUUCACGAUGGUGUGUGGAGGAUUUACCUGCUCGAAAAAUGCUCUCUGCGCUCUCAACGUCGUUUACAUGUUGGUGGGACUGCUCCUGAUUGGUGUAGCAGCGUGGGGGAAGGGCUUCGGGAUCGUCUCCAGCAUCCACAUCAUCGGAGGCGUGAUUGCUGUGGGCUUUUUCCUGCUGCUCAUCGCCAUCGUCGGCCUCAUCGGAGCCAUCCAUCAUCACCAAGUCAUGCUCUUCUUUUACAUGGUCAUCCUAUUUGUUGUGUUCCUUUUCCAGUUUGGUGUGUCCUGCUCUUGUCUGGCCAUGAACCAGGAUCAGCAGGAGAAAUUGCUGAGCUCCACUUGGAGUUUGAUGGGCAAUUCCACCAAGAUGGAGUUGGAGAACAAUCUGGACUGUUGUGGCCUGUUCAACAACACAGCAAACCAACUCAUGUUCGACACUGACAACUCGAUGUGUAAAGCUAGCUGUUUAAGAAUGCAUAAUUGUAAGACGUGUGGUAAUAAAAUGCUGCAGCAUGCAUCCGAGGCCCUGAGGAUUCUGGGCGGUGUGGGUCUCUUCUUCAGCUUCACCGAGAUUUUAGGAGUCUGGCUGGCCAUGCGCUACAGGAACCAGAAAGACCCCCGAGCAAACCCCAGCGCAUUCUUAUAGUCUCCCAGCCUCCUUCCUGUCCCACAGUGCAACAGCGUAGACGAGCAAUUCCUCUUCCCUUUGCACACCCGGUGGCACUCGGGCCUUCAGCACGGACUUCAGACUGAACGCUGACUUGCUGCUGCUCUCGCUGAUUUUAUGACACCGAGAGCUAAAGAGCCCAUUUAAAAGAAAAAAUUCUCUUUUCUCUCUAGAAUCUGGUCUCCUCCCACCCACCCCCCG